AUGUCAGGACUAUUAGACCAGGCCAUGGUGGAGGACAUUGCCCGCCAUUGUCCGGGUGAGUUUCUUGCGUUCCACAAGUGUAUGGCCAAGCCGCCAUCGGAAGCUGACUGUGUGGUGGAGCAGAUGGCCUUGACCAAGUGUGUGAAGAGCAAAGUGCCUCUUUUCCAGCAGAUCCAGAACACCUGUGCUGGCAAGCUCCAGGCGUACGAGGCGUGCUUGAAGCUGAACAACAGUAACCAGAAGAAGUGCCAGGCUGAUCUCCAGUCGCUUAGGGAAUGUGCCCUGGGUGUUGUGGGAAAGUAA